CCCAAAGAAAGUGGAAAAGUCAAAGCAUCCAAUAGAUGAUCAUGAUCAUAUCGAAACAAACGUUGUUUAUAAUUCAUUUUUAUUAAUCUGAAACAAAAUGGCAGCAAUUCCUUCUGCCGUCGAUCAACAAUCCUCCUCCUCCUCCACCACCUCGGCCUUGGGCGCUCUAUUUUCCCGCAUCUCCCAGACGAUCAACUCCGGCCUCUCGGAGCGCCGUCAUUGGUCGGAGCUCGCUGAUCGGACGGGCUUCGCGAAGCCAGAAUCGUUCAGCGAGGCAAACCAACGCCUCCGCAAAAACUACGGCUAUUUCCGCACCAACUACCUCAUGAUCGUGACCACCGUGCUGGCGGUAUCUCUCCUGACGAAUCCUCUGUCUCUCCUCCUCCUCUCUGCCCUCCUCGCCGCCUGGCUCUUCCUCUACAUCUUCCGCCAACCGUCGGAUCCUCCCAUCGCCCUUUUCGGCCGCCAAUUCUCCGAUCGCGCGGUGCUCUUCUCGCUCAUAUUGUGCACCGUUGUUGUUCUCUUCUUAACCAGCGUCGGAUACGUGCUCGUCUCGGCGCUCAUGGUCGGUCUCAGCGUUGUUCUCCUGCAUGGUGCUUUCCGUGUUCCGGAGGAUCUGUUCCUCGACGAAGCGGAGCCCAUCGUCAGGGUGCCCAGCCUACUCUCCUUCCUCGCCGGUGGCGCCGCUCCCGCUCCUCAGCCACCCAUCGCCUCUAGGGCUUGACAAUUAAAUGCUUUAUUUUCUUCUCAUCAUCGUCAAAGCAAAUUUAUUUGUUUUUUAAUUUACUUUCUAGAUCGAUCCACAUAUGUUAUGAAUUAAAUUUGGAUCAUUUGCAUGGGAUUUAAUAUAUAUCCAAGAUGUUUGUUGGCCGAGUGAUUGUUGUGCACAUGAUUCUAGAAACUCUCCUAAUGAGCUUUGUACAUUGAUUCGUCAUAUAAUGGGAUUU